ACCAGGCUCAAGAGCAAAUAACAGUGGGCAGUUGAACAGCAGCCAGAGCCUGAAGAAGCCAACUCCAGGGAGGAGGAAAGGAAGCAGAAGGCUCGGCAUCAGCCUCCUACUCUUGGCAAGAUGGGUGACUGGAGCUUCCUGGGGGAGUUCCUGGAGGAGGUCCACAAGCACUCCACAGUCAUCGGCAAGGUCUGGCUCACUGUCCUGUUCAUUUUCCGCAUGCUGGUCCUGGGCACCGCUGCUGAGUCCUCCUGGGGAGAUGAGCAGGCUGACUUCCGGUGCGAUACCAUUCAGCCUGGUUGCCAAAAUGUCUGCUACGACCAAGCCUUCCCCAUCUCCCACAUUCGUUAUUGGGUACUGCAGAUCAUCUUUGUGUCCACACCAUCUCUAGUGUACAUGGGCCACGCCAUGCACACUGUGCGCAUGCAGGAAAAGCAGAAGUUGCGGGAUGCUGAGAAAGCCAAAGAGGCUCACGGCACUGGUGCCUAUGAGUACCCGGUAGCCGAGAAGGCCGAGCUGUCCUGCUGGAAGGAAGUGGACGGGAAGAUCGUCCUCCAGGGCACCCUCCUCAACACCUACGUCUGCACCAUUCUGAUCCGCACUACCAUGGAGGUGGCCUUCAUUGUAGGCCAGUACCUCCUCUAUGGGGUCUUCCUGGACACCCUGCAUGUCUGCCGCAGGAGUCCCUGUCCCCACCCAGUCAACUGUUAUGUUUCGAGGCCCACAGAGAAGAACGUCUUCAUUGUCUUUAUGAUGGCUGUGGCUGGGCUGUCCCUUUUUCUCAGCCUGGCUGAACUCUACCACCUGGGCUGGAAGAAGAUCCGACAGCGCUUUGUCAAGUCUCGGCAGGGUGUUGACAAGCACCGGCUUCUUGGCCCUUCCCCAAGCCUUGUCCAGAGUCUCACUCCUCCCCCUGACUUCAAUCAAUGUCUGAAGAACAGCCCCGGUGGUGAGAAAUUCUUCAGUGACUUCAGUAGUAACAUGGGCUCCCAGAAGAAUCCAGAUGCUCUGGCCACUGAGGAAGUGCCAAGCCAGGAGCAGAUUCCUGGGGAAGGUUUCAUCCACAUGCACUAUAGCCAGAAACCGGAGCAGCCCAGUGGAGCCUCUGCGGGCCACCGCCUUCCUCAGGGCUACCCUAGUGACAAGCGCCGCCUUAGUAAGGCCAGCAGCAAAGCAAGGUCAGACGACCUGUCAGUGUGACCCUCCUCUUAGGGAGGGCCAGUCCCAGGAGGGAUCUAAGGAGUGUGAGGCAGGAAAGAAGCAGUCUCUCGCGCGAGACUGUGUACUCUCCUUGGUUCUGCUCUGCUCCUUCUGUCCUGGGUCUGGAUGGCAUCGCUCAUUAUCCUCAAAAUUACAGUUCUGAGUAUUCUCAAAGACUGGGUUACUUCUCAAGUCCCAUCCCUCCUUAUCCUCUACCAGUAUUCACAGUGAAGCCUUUCAAGUGAUUUAUUGAAUAUAGUAGAGGCAGGAACCAUGGCAAAAUCUGGUCUGGGGAGGACAGACAUAAAGAUUCAACACCACUGCGGUGGUGGCGCACGCCUUUAAUCCCAGCACUUGGGAGGCAGAGGCAGGCAGAUUUCUGAGUUCGAGGCCAUUCUGGUCUACAGAGUGAGUUCCAGGACAGCCAGGGUUAUACAGAGAAA